AUGGUUCAAACAUAUUGUGUAAAGUGCCGAGCUAAAACAAAUUCAGCAUCUGAGAAAUUGGAAACUACAGGAAAUGGACAAAAUCGGUUUAUUGAAGCUAUUGCCAGAGAAAAAAAGGAAAAAGCUAAAGAACGAAAAAAAGCAUUGCAACUUGCUAAGAAGAUUAUAAAUAAUCAAAAAUCUUAG